AUGCCACUCCUACCUCGAAAUGACAGCGAGGCCGCCGGCACACUGGCCGUCGUCUUCUUCAUCGUCGGCGCCAUCAUCCUCGUCCUCAUCAUCAUCCUCGUGCUCCUCUUCCUCAAGAAGCGCCGGUCCGCGCGCAACAAGACGUUCAUCCCGCGCCUGGAGCGCUCGCGCGGCGGCAACUACGGGAAACUGGAGGAGGACGAGGAGCAAGCAUGGAGCGCGGAUAUGGGCGAGCAGGAGCGGGGGAAGGGGACUUAUGCGCCGAAAUACAAGAAAGAAGACGGGCCGAGCUUCGUCAGCUCAGCUGGAUCUGAGAUGAGGCCGAAGAGCGGGCAAUCUGUCAGGCACUACGGACAUGGCAGAUACGGCUGGGAACACGAUGGCCUCGUGUCCUGGCGUUCAGCAACUAAAAAAGGCACCUCCCACCUGUUCAGGAGGACAGCCGCCGACGAGUCAGUCGUCGCUGCCCGGCCCAUCUCACCUCUCCUGUUGCCGAACGCGUUGAAGCACACCACGAGGUCCGCUGACUAUCACAAAUACAACUACAAAUGCACAAUCACGCGGCACCGCCCAUGCGUUUUCCGAUAUCGCCACGCUCAACGACACGAUCGGAUUUCACCAUCCUCGUCUUUGGGGCGUCUGUCGCUGUGCGCGCCGCUUGUCUUCCGCACGCCGGCCGAGAACAACCGCGCUGCCGUGCUCGCUUACACGGCCAGCGGCCUCUCGGAUCAGGUUGCGGAGCUUGGAAUCAUUAAGGCACACAUCGUGUUAACGCCGAGAUUCGUUACCCUGGUUCUAGGUCAUCUGAGACGUGGUGUUAGCUCUGGUCAUCUGAGACAUGGUGUUGGCUCUGAAGCGACCCGAGGCCGGCGCGUCACAGUUGGUAGUCGUAACUCUGCGCUUAAAUUAUCCGAUGCUUUUGCCCGUCAUAGCCCAAGCCCCAACCGCCGGCCAUCACCACCCGAACGCACUACACCACAGAUGUCAACCACCUUUCAGAACGUUCUUCCCGGGAACGCCGAGGACAUCCCAAAUUGGGCCUUCGUCGUCAUUCUCGGUGUGCCCCUGGCGCUCCUCGUCCUCGCCCUCCUCGUCCUGGUCAAGAUCAAGAGCCAGGUCCGCAGCACCAAGAAGGGCCCCCUUGCUCGCCGUGUGCACAAGCUGAGGAAACAGACUGAGGAGCUUCAGACGCAGAACCAGAUCCUUCGAGAUGCUCAGGCUCGUCUUCAAGAGCAAUUUGACGCCUUCCGGGCCCAGGCGAGGGCACACGGUACACCCCGAUCAGCUUCAGGUCGACCAAGCCAGUGA